GGGAUCUGCACCUCCAUCUAUCCAGCCCACCGCCACCAUUCUAGAGAAGCCGAAGUUGAAAACAGAAGGCAUGGUAGUGACAGCUGCCCUGCGACUGGCUAGAAAAAGAAGUAUAGUCAACCUGAUGCGAGGGGACUGCAAUGAAUUUUUCCCUGCUGGAGAAGACCUAGGCAAGCUUGAUACAAGCGAGCCGGAAGAUGAGGAGUUGAUCGUAUACACCCGGUGCAAGCGACAGGAGCGACAUCGUGGUCACAAUAAGCACAAGUGUCAAGACAAAGUUGAUGACGCUGACGUGAAGGUGUCCGAGUUGUCUGAGGACGAAAACGCCCCUGACAUGAAACCCAACGUUCCUGAAGAGAAAAAGUGAAUCAAUCAGCACAAGCGCACUGCUUCGCCAAAUACGAAGAUUUUUUUUUUCGAAAAACGUGUUCGAUUCUCUGUCAUACUUUUUCAACGCUAAGUGACGAUAAUUCGGAAUAUCUUGCCCUUCGCAUUCAUUGCAUUUGGAUUUGAAAUUACAUUUAUACUUUUUACUCGUGAUGGCAACUCUAUGCAGGGGGGUGGCAUUUCUGAAAUGAUCUUGCAUUUUCGGGGAAGAAAUUAAAAAUAAUAGACAUUGCAAACCCCUUUGAUAAUUGAGGCGGUCGAUAAAAGAAAUUUAUCAUG